AUGAAAUACUCUAUCUUCUUUUUUCUUUUCUCUUUGAGUUGCUCAGUCUCCUGCUGCAGCAGCAGCAGCAGCAGCAGCAGCAGCAGCAGCAGAAGCAGGGGUAUAGACAGCCCCCCCUCUGUCUCCGCAGCAGCAGAUAAAAAAGGAGAAAGAGGAGACAGCAGCGAGCAGCACGAGGAGACAACAACAUUCUCCUCCUCCUCGACAGCAGCAGCAGCAGCAGGAGCAGCAGCAGCAGCAACACCAGCAGCAGCAGCAGCAGCAGCAGCAGCAGAAAAGAAAAAGAUUACACCUAUAGUUGAACUCGUGAUGGCUACUAUAGGGGCGCUGCAGCGCACGGCCCCAGACUUCCUUCACAAGCUGCAGCAGCUGCUGGGGGAGGAGACAGAGGAGACAGAGGAGAUUGCUGCUGUUGCUGCUGCAGCAGCAGCAGCAACUGCUGCUGCUGCUACAGAAGAAGAAAAGGAAGAAGCUUUUGCUUAUCUCUUCGCCAGCGACACCAAGUGGACCCCCUGGUGGGAUCGGCAGCUGCAGCAGCUGCAGCAGAUACAGCUGCAGCAGCAGCAGCAGCAGCUGCAGCAGCGAGCUCAUGUUGCAGCAGCAGCUGCUGCUGCCUCUGUUUGUCUUCGUUCCUUGGGGGAGCUGCAGCAGCAGCAGCAGCAGCAGCGCAGCAACUCACCGAAGCAAACAAGAGGGGGCAGCAGCUAUCGUGUCAGCUUAGCGGGGGCCCCAGGAGGAGAGAAAAAGAAGGCCUUGUCUAUGCGUGUCUCUUAA